GAUGUGAGCUGCUGAAGUUUUAUUUUUUUUUUUUUACUUUUUCCAAAAAACAGAACAAACUUUCUGUGGAUAUUUGUCAAACUUUGGAUCUCAUUACUUUGACUUAACGGAAUAUCAAAAAGAAGUUGAAAAAGGGAUCGACCCGAGCCCCGGGACCCGAACCUCUGCCGGCCCUGAUCCAGCAUGAUGUCUUACCUCAAACAGGCCCCGUACGGGAUGAACGGACUGGGCCUGAGCGGAGCCGCCAUGGACCUGCUGCACCCUACUGUGGGAUACCCCGCCAACCCACGGAAGCAGCGCAGGGAGCGAACCACUUUCACCCGGACACAGCUGGACAUCCUUGAGUCACUGUUUGCUAAGACGCGUUAUCCAGACAUCUUCAUGAGAGAGGAGGUGGCCCUGAAAAUCAACCUGCCUGAGUCCAGAGUCCAGGUCUGGUUUAAGAACAGACGAGCCAAAUGUCGGCAGCAGCAGCAAAGCAGCAACAACGUGAAGGUCAAACCCCUGAAGAAGAAGUCGUCUCCGACUCGAGAGAGCACCGGCUCGGAGAGCAGCGGUCAGUUCACCCCGCCGGCUGUGUCCAGCUCCUCCUCCAACUCCUCCUCCAACUCCUCCGGCCUCGUCGGUCCCGGUCUGAUCACCACCUCUACCUCUGUCACCGCCCCGGUCUCGUCUAUCUGGAGUCCGGCGCCCAUCUCUCCCGCCCCGGCUCCACCGACCCUGCCCGACCCCGCUGCCCCCGCCAGCGCCUCCUGCAUGCAGCGUGCUGUGUCGUCAUCCACCACAACUGGAGGAACAGCCUCCUACCCAGUGUCCUACGGCCAAACAGCGGCAGUGGCGGCAGCAGCGUACAGCCAGGGUUACCCAGCUUCUGCGUCAGGCUCCUAUUUCGGCGGCGUGGACUGCGGUUCGUAUCUGACCCCGAUGCACUCCCACCACCACCCGCACCAGCUCAGCCCCAUGACGGGCGGAUCCAUGUCAGGACACCCGCACCACCACAUCAGCCAGACGGCUGGGCACCCCCACCACCACCCGCCGCACCACCACCAGGCGUACGGUGCUCCGGGCCUGACGUUCAACUCCGCGGACUGUCUGGAUUACAAGGAGCAGACGGCGGCUUCGGCCUGGAAACUCAACUUCAACGCCACCGACUGUUUGGACUACAAAGACCAGGCGUCAUGGCGUUUCCAAGUGCUGUGACGCUUCUUCUUCUUCUUCUU